CGGCGCGGCGGGGGGCCGCGCCCGCGCCCGCACCAUGUCGGCCGUCGCCUACAUGGACUUCGUGGCCGCGCAGUGCCUCGUGUCCAUCUCCAACCGCUCGGCCGUGCCCGAGGCGGCGCGGCUCAAGGUGCCGGGCGAGGCGGAGGUGGGCAAGGAGCUGCGCGACCCCCGCGACGCCUGGAAGGACUACUGCACGCUGGUGACCAUCGCCAAGAGCCUGCUGGAGCUGAACAAGUACCGGCCGCUGCCCGCCCCCUCCGUCUGCAGCGACAGCGUGGAGAGCCCCGACGAGGACGUGGGCUCCGACAGCGACGUGACCACGGAGCCCGGCUCCAGCCCGGCGCGCAGCCCGCCGCCGGGGCAGCCCCCGCGCCUCCGCGGCGCCGCCGCCCCCAAGGGCAAGCUGGCGGCCGAGAAGCGGCACAAGUGCCCCUACAGCGGCUGCGGCAAGGUCUACGGCAAGUCCUCCCACCUCAAGGCCCACUACCGGGUGCACACAGGUGAGCGACCAUUUCCCUGCACGUGGCCCGACUGCCUUAAAAAGUUCUCUCGCUCUGACGAGCUCACCCGGCACUACCGAACCCACACCGGCGAGAAACAGUUUCGGUGCCCUCUUUGCGAGAAGCGGUUCAUGCGGAGUGACCACCUAACAAAGCAUGCCCGGCGCCACACCGAGUUUCACCCUAGUAUGAUCAAGAGAUCCAAAAAAUCCAGCUCCAGCUCCUUGUGAAGGCAGAGCUGGCCUGGGGAUGGGAGCAGGGGGAAGUGAGCCGCAGCAAGGACAUCAUGAACAGUGCAAGAGCAGCCUACUGUGGUACUGCUGUGGUCCCUACUUGCUGUUUGAAAGCACAUGUAGCUGAAGUUCAAAGAAGAAGUACUCUGUGCCCCCUCUGCACCCUUUGGUGAUAACAGCAGUCUUAAUCAAGUGAAUUCAGAGUGCGAGUGAGGGAAGGGAUGGCGAUCAAACUAGGCGACGACUUUCUUUUGUAAUUUAAAGCAUUGACACUGGUGUAUAUAUGUCUAACUGGAUGGUUUGGCCUGUGACACCAGAGUAGUGUGAUUCCAGGGUCUUUGUGAUUGCUGUGUCAUGAACAUGUUUUGUUGAACAAUGUAAUGCUGCUUGUAUUUAAAAUUUGUUGAGUAAAACCA